UCACCAGGUCUUGCAGUACCAUUUGUAGAGUUGACCGUAACUCACGCGUCAGUGCUGACCAUCCUAGCGAUCAGCUUCGAGCGGUACUACGCUAUCUGCGAGCCAUUGCGCGCCGGGUACGUCUGCACAAAAACCAGAGCAACGCUCAUCUGCGCGCUAGUGUGGUUUUUCGCCGCGCUGUUCACCAGCCCCAUCCUCGCCGUGGCCACCUUCACCUACGAAGACUAUGACGACGGCACGAAGGUCCCGGUCUGCCUCACUCAGGCCGACACCUUUUGGGCAGCGCUGUUCUUCAUCUUAACCAUCGCCAUCUUCUUCAUCGUUCCUCUUGGCGUUCUACUCGUCCUCUACAGCGUCAUAGCCAAAAACCUUAUGGAAAACCCCAUUAUCAUCGCUCAGAACACCAAAAACACCAGCAACACUGGUAAUGUUGUACGCUACAGGAAGCAAGUCAUUCUCAUGCUUGGGACCGUCGUCCUCUCCUUCUUCCUCUGCCUCUUACCGUUCAAAGCCCUCACACUUUGGAUCAUCGUAUUCCCGCCAGAGACAAUAAUGUCAUUAGGUAUAGACGGUUACUAUAUACUUUUAUAUUUUUGUAGAGUUAUGCUGUAUUUAAAUUCGGCGAUAAAUCCAAUAUUAUACAAUUUGAUGUCUUCGAAGUUUAGGGAAGGCUUUGUAAAGUUGUUGAAGAUUAAUAAGCUGAUGAGGUGUAGCAGGACUUUGAGAGAAACUAUGCAGAGACGAGACACGUUCAAUACAACCACUUCGACGGGAUUCUCAAGCAGUCAAAACACUUCUGACUCCUUCUGGAGAAGGUACAGCAACAGAACUUCGUCCCAGAAAAUAUUUGUUAAAAGAGAAAGUAAGAAAGUCAAAGAGGAAAACGUGCAACAGAUGAAAGUAGGAGAAAUAAUAAACGUUGAAAAUACAAGACGAAAUAGCAUGAAAAUGGUCGCAGCUAUCAACGAAACAGAAAACGAUACUUAUGCUGAAAUACACGACAAUCAUAACUCUAACGAAUUAGAAAUAGAUACUGCCAAUGAGAACAAUAAACAAAUACAAAUAUUAAACUUAGAUGUAAAAACUAAUAAUGUUUAUUCAAUAACUUUAGAUGUCAGUGAAUCAGUUGAGGGUAGAAACAAAUUUGUGUGCAUACCGACACUGGAUAGAGAGAACAAUAUAUUUAUAUACGAUUACAGAACUAAGGAGAGUUUUGUAUGAAACGUUUGGCUUUAAGCUAAAGAAAUCAGUGCAUUUAAUGAAGACAUUCAAAAUGAUUUAGGAUCAAUUCGUACAUCACUGAUGCAUUUAAAAUCUCUUUAAACACUGCAAUUGGUUUCAGUUAAAUCAUUGCAUUUUUUUCUGAAUCCAGUGCAAUACUGUGAGUUCCGUUUGUACUUAACCAAUAAUCUUAACUUAAUCUCUAUAGUGCAGUGACGUAUGAAUGGUUUUCAUAAACUUUUAAUCAAACAUUGUAAUGAAAUGAAAGCUUGCGUAUGUGUGUUUGUAUUCUGUGUAUGAGAGGAAGAUGUACAGUGGUCCAUUUGUCACAAGAAUCUUUGACAGAUCGACUUACAGAAGAGUUUUUCUUAUUGCUGACUUUGUAAGUUUGUUAUAAGUGCUAAGACUGUUGAUUUAUAACGAUUACGGAGUGUAAUUUUUGUGUCGCGGUGGAACAAACAUUCAAGUCACAUGCACAAGAACUCCCAGGCUCAGGACAAGCAUUCGUGGAUUACACAAACGCUUGUUUUACGAGGGGAUCGAACUCACGUCACCUAGAGUGGGUCUGCCAUACGGACCUCAACCAUUCGGCUAUACAGCAUAGAACAGCGUCUAAACUAAUAAAGUGUUUUCUUACUGUGAUAUAAAAAUUGUCCUAAGUUUAUCAAACAUAUAUUAGCCGUCGCAUUUUCAAAGUUCGGACGAAAUGUCCCUUUCAUGCAAACUUUUUCACACGUAUUCUAUUUGAUUUGGUAAUGCUCUCAUGUCUGGUCCUUAUCUCUUAUCGAGAAACCCCUUUAGGUACUUGUAUAGAUUACAAAACUGUUAACUUGAACGCAGGUGAAAGAACUUAGUACAGGAAUAAGUAAGAAGUCUUUUUGACUAGAGAAAAAGAGAUAGAAGAUUUAUAAAUAGGGUUUUGUUUUUAUUAAACGUUAUUAUGGUUGUAAUAGUGUUAUUUUUCUGUAGUAAUGUUUUGCUCUUAUUUGAGUGUAAAAUAUUAAUUUAAAACUUUGGGUAAAUA